AUGGGUUCAAUCCAGGCCCCCAGCGCUGGGCACACUGCAGAGUCGAGCCGCAAGGUCAUUGUCGCUGGUGCCCAGCUGGGCCCAAUCAAUGUUGACACUCCACGAUCCGAGGGGAUCGAGCGAAUGCUCAAACUGAUGGACGACGCGCACCAGAAGCAUGCCCAGUUGAUUGUGUAUCCUGAGAUCGCCCCAGUGACAUUCUUCCCUCGCCAUAUCCUGGAGGGGGAUGAGCUGGAACAAUACUUCGAGCAGGAGGUGGAUGGGGACGCGACCAAGCUGCCGAACCUGAAGCCUCUCUUUGACCGGGCUCGAGAGUAUAAGAUGGACAUGUAUCUAGGGUAUGCCGAACACGCCGCCGAGUCGAGCGAAGGCGAACAUGUUCAUUACAACACCGCCGUCUACUAUUCUGGCGCGGCAGACAAAGUGAUUUCCAAGUACCGAAAAGUCCACUUACCGGGCACGUUCGAGCCUUACGAGCGGAAAGACGCGACGAACCAGCUGGAGAAGAGAUACUUCCUCCCGGGAAAUCUGGGCUUCGAGGCAUUCCGGGCGCCAGGGUUGAUUUCUGGUGCGCUGAGCUCGAAAUCGGGCGCAAAGGCCAACGAGGCCGAUAGUCUGGGCAAAGGCGACGCCAUCAUCGGCAUGCUCAUCUGCAACGACCGACGUUGGCCAGAGGCGUGGAGGCCGUAUGGCUUGCAAGGCGCGGAGCUAGUGUUAUGUGGAUAUAACACGACGGCGUGGGCGCCGGAACUGAUUGGGACCAACGAGAAGACCUCGACCCCGGAAAAGGCAAAGGCAGAGGCCCUGUUCCACAACAAGCUGUGCAUCACGUACAACAGCUACGCCAACGCCUGCUUCAGCAUCAACGUGGCCAAAUGCGGAGUGGAGGACGGCAAGUACCCAUUAAUUGGGGGCAGCUGCAUUGUCGACUGCGACGGCGAGGUGGUGGUGGAGGCACAGACAGAGGAGGACGAGCUCAUUGUGGCCGAAAUCGACCUGGGCAUGUGCCGCCGCGGCAAGGAGAAGGUGUUUGCCUUUGAGAGGCACCGCAGAACCGAGCAUUACGGGCGGAUUGUGGAACAGACGGGCGUGGUUGAACCGGAUCUGUUGUGA